AUGUCUAAGAGUCCUCGCAAAUCUUCAAUAAGUGAUAGUGAAGAAAAGAAGACAAAUACUGAAAAAUCAAGAAAGUCAAAAUCAGUCCGAUUUAUUGACAGUGACUCUGAACAAAGUAGUGAAAAUAUAAAUGAAAAUGAGAGGAAAAAAAUUAAACUUGAUAAGGAAAGUCUUGAUAAAAAAAAUAAGACUGAUGAAUCUGAAAUUGUUAAUUUAAUUGAAGAUUCACCAAUGAAACCAAAAGAGAAUUUGAAAAGGAAGGAGAGCAAAGAAGAUAGAAAAAGUGACAAUGUAACUGGAAAUGAAAGCAUGAAAAGAAAGCUUGACAAGGAAAGUCAUAAAACUGAUGCAUCUGAAAUAGUUAAUUUAAUUGAAGAUUCGCCAAUAAAACCAAAAGAGAAUUUGAAAAGCAAGGAGAGCAAAGAAGAUAGUGAUUCUUCUACUCAAGAUAAAAAACCUAUGAUCAAGUUAGUUAGUCUUAAUAAGUUACUCAAGCCUGAUGUACUACAAAAAGAAAUCUAUGAUGUGGAUACUAAAGUUCCCACAGUUACAAAGACAUACAAGAAUCGUAAAGAAAAAAAUAAAACUCAAGAUGAUGAAAAGAAGAAAGCAAUUAGUGCCUUCAAACCCAAAAAGUUUGAUGUUGUCAUUACUAGGCUACCAAAAUUUACAGAUGUAUUUUUAUGUCAACAUGGGUUGAAGAAAAUUACACAGAAUGGAUGUGAGAUUUAUACCUUGUCACCUAAAAAGAAUGAUAAAAAAAAAUUAAGCCUGAAGACAAGAAAGAGUCAUUCCAGGUCAGAAAGUAAAGAAAAAUCAUGUGAAACUGUUGAUCCAGGGGAUAAGAACAAAUUGGAUGAAGGAAUUGAGGCGAGCAAAAAUGCAUUACUUAAUUCUGAUUCUGAUGAUAUAGAUACCAAUAAGAAAUUUAAACCCACUAGAAGGAAAUCUAUGGUUAAACUAUCAGACUCUGAAAAUGACGAUGUUAAUGGCAAAAAUUCAAGAUCUAAGUCACCAAGUGAAGGGAACCAAACUAAAAAUGGUAAAAUUGAUAGUGAAUGUAAAGAAGAAUUAGCUAAAAACAGCGAACCAGAAAACAUUGUAUCUCUAGAUCCUGUAGACACUCCAAAGACACCUGAAAGAAAAAAAGAAGAGACAGAGAAAACUACACCACAGUCCAAGCGAAAAAUUAUCAUGGAGUCAAUGCAUGCAAAAAAAAUGUUAUUGACCUAUUCCUCAAGUUCUGAUACUGAUGAUGAGCAGCUCAAAAGUGCAUUAAAAGAUAUUAAAAACUCCCUUUUGAAGGGUUCCAGUUCUGAUGACGAACUAGAUGUAAAAAAGAUAGUUCAAAUGAAUAGGAGAAAGUUAGUUACUCCUUCAGAUUCUGAUGACAGCUUAAACAUAAAGAAAAAAAACAGAGAAAAAGAGAAAGAAGAUAGCAGUAUUAGCCAAGUGGAUGGAACCAAUGAUGAAUUGUCUAAUUCAAGUUGUAGCCAGAUGGGCCGCUCUAAAACAAAACCUGCCAGUAGCAGCUCUGAGAAUAUGGACUCUGUUGACUCAGAAAUUAAUAGAUUGUCAAACCUCAAGACGCUGAACCGCCGUCGGCGGAAAUCUGUCGAGAAGUCGACUAGAACCACCCGAAGAAUGCCGAAGGCGCCGCCGAUCAAGGACGAAAUGCUCGCCCCUGUCAGCUCGGGGUCCGGCUCUGAGAGCGAACCGGAGGCGGUGGACACGGAAGAGCUGCCCCCAAUCUCGGUGCCAAAGCUGAACGGGGACAGCAUCAACCACAUCGCUAAAGAGGACCUCCUGGCUCAGAGUGACCCGUCCAGCUCCGAAAAUGAAAAAGCUAAUGGUUCUGAGGAAGACAAAAAAGACUCUGAUAGCGACGAAGACACUGUGAAGUCCACAAGACGCAAGGCGAACGCCAUAGCGUCUGAUUCCGAAGCCGAAGCGCGGAAAGCGGACAAAAUGAGCGACUUUGAGGACUCUGAGGAUGAUAGCAGCGAGCCCAGGAAAAAGAGCAAGAGAAAGAAGAAGGUUUCUGACAGUGAUGGAUCCGUCUCAUCUACGGACGGAGGUAAAAAGAAGCGUCGUCGCAUCAAACAAGUGAAUGAUAGCGAUGGCUCCGGUUCUGACACGGAAAAUGAAGGCAAGAACAAACAUGGCAGAAAGAAUAUUCGUAAGGUGAUGAGCAAGGACCAACUAGAAGAGGCUACCAAAAAAGCAGCACGACAGGAAAAGGAGAGGAUCGCUCGUAUUGCCGAACGCCAGAAAUUGUACAACAACCUGGAAUUCGACGAGUCUGGUAAACCUGACGAGGUGGUGCUAGACAAGGUAGUGUUGGACUUCAAUCCCGAAACCAAGGAGCCUAUCAUCGAAGUAGACCGCGGGCUCGUGAAGAAACUCAAGCCGCAUCAGGCUAACGGAAUAAAGUUCAUGUGGAACGCGUGCUUCGAAAGCGUGAAACGCAUCAAGAAAGACCGCGGGUCCGGAUGCAUCCUCGCUCAUUGCAUGGGUCUCGGCAAAACUCUACAGGUGGUGUCCCUAACCCACACACUGCUCACGCACAGCAAGCUAACAGGCGUAAAGCGGGUACUAGUUGUGUGCCCACUGUCUACAGUGCUGAACUGGGUCAACGAGUUCAACAUGUGGCUCAAACACGCCGAGACUGACACCGAAGUUGAUGUAUUCGAGUUGUCCAGACACAAGCAGAACUCAGAACGCUCCUGGCAACUGCAGCAAUGGGUGGAAUGCGGCGGCGUUUGCGUGCUCGGCUACGAGAUGUUCCGCAACCUCUCCGCCGACAACAACAAGAAGUUCAAGAAGAAGAUGCUCAAGACCUUCCAGGAGGCUCUCGUCGAUCCUGGCCCCGACCUUGUGGUGUGCGAUGAAGGACAUCUGCUGAAGAACGAAAAGACAAGCUUGUCACAAUCCAUGAACCGCGUGAGGACAUUACGGCGCAUUGUGCUAACUGGCACACCGCUGCAAAAUAAUCUCAAAGAGUAUUACUGCAUGGUACAAUUCGUGAAGCCGAACCUGCUUGGAAAGUACAACGAGUACCUGAAUCGAUUCGUGAACCCCAUCACCAACGGGCAAUACACGGAUUCAACCGAACGGGACAUCAGUAUUAUGAAGCGGCGGUCCCAUGUGCUGCAUACUAUGCUGGAUGGCGCUGUUCAAAGAAGAGACUACGGGGUGCUGGCGCCCUUCCUGCCUCCGAAGCAUGAGUAUGUGCUGUUCAUCACGCUCACCGACAUCCAGAUCAAACUCUACCAGCACUACCUGGACAACUAUUCCAGAAGACCACUGCCAGGAAAGUCAUCAGGCUUCCUGUUCCCUGAUUUCCAGUCCUUGCAGAGGAUAUGGACGCACCCGCUCGUCCUCAAGUACAACUCGGAACGAUACGAGAUCAUGCAACAGAAAAAGAGAGAUAAAGAGGAAGAAGAUUCUGAAGGCUCACUUGCCGAUUUCAUUGACGACGAUUCAACGCCAGAGGAAUCCUCAACGGAAGAGUCUACAGAUGAUUUGUCAGACCUGAGUGAUGACAGUCGAAAGAAAAGCAAAAAGAAAACUAAAGGCAAGAAAGGGAAAGGCAAAGAUGCUAAAGCUUCUGGCCGACGAAACACAAGGGCCAAUCCAGUUGAACAACUAGAAGAAGAUAAGGCCAAUUCCGACAUAGAGGAAAUAAAAUACGAGAACCCGACGGAGUGGUGGAUGAAACUCGUCACAGAGGAAGAGUUGGAAGACAUCCGGCAUUCACACAAACUGCUGCUAUUGUUCGAUAUCCUGCGGCAGUGCGAGGCCAUUGGAGACAAACUGCUCGUAUUCUCUCAAUCUCUCUAUUCCCUGGACCUGAUCGAGCAUUUCCUGGGCAAAGUCGAUGAGGCUACUCAGGAGGGCCGCAUAGAUGAGAAACUCGCAGGGCAUGUUGGUUCCUGGUCUCCGGGCGUGGACUAUUUCCGUCUGGACGGGUCUACUUCGUGUGAAAACCGGUCCAUCUGGUGCAAGAACUUCAACCGAGAGGAUAACCCCAGAGCUAGACUGUUCCUAAUCUCAACCCGAGCCGGCGGUCUCGGCAUCAACCUGGUAGCGGCUAACCGCGUCGUGAUCUUCGACGUGUCGUGGAACCCUUCUCACGACGUGCAGAGCAUCUUCAGAGUCUACCGCUUCGGACAGAAGAAACCGUGCUACAUCUACCGCUUUUUGGCUAUGGGCACAAUGGAAGAGAAAAUCUACGAGCGGCAAGUGACCAAGCAAGCGAUCUCCAAGCGAGUCAUCGACGAGCAGCAGAUUGACCGGCAUUACGCUGCCAACGAUCUCGCUGAACUGUACAAGUUCGAACCUGUUUCUGCUGAACCAAGACCAGUUCCCAAGCUGCCUAAAGACCGACUCUUUGCGGAAAUGCUCAAGGACCAUGAGAAAGCGAUCUUCAGGUUCCACGAGCACGACUCGCUGCUAGAAAACAAAGAGGAAGAGACCCUCAGCGAGGAGGAACGCAAGAAGGCGUGGGAGGAAUUCGAGAACGAGAAGAAAGCUCCACCACCAUCGCCCUUCCCCAACACCUGGUCCAUGCACAACGGAAUGGCAGCCAGCCUCCUUCAACAACAACAACAGCAGCUGGCGUACGCCGCUCUAGCCGCCAUGAUCCGCAAGGACAUGCCCAACAUCAACGACAACCAGAUACGGGACAUGCUGCCUAUCAUCUGCAACGCGAACCCCGGGCUGAUGCAGAAGAUGAGCGAGAUCUACAAGUACGCGCAGCCCGGCAUGAUGAAUCCUUCGAUGAUGAACCCCGUCAUGAAUCCGGCUGGUGGCAUGAGUACAAGCAGCAGCUUGCAGUACGAGCCGCCGUGGCAGCGCCAGCAGCAGCAGCAGCAGCAGAUGCGGUUGCAGCAGCUCAUGCAGCAGCAGCAUAAUAUGGGCGCGAAAUACUACGCGGGCGGGCUCGGCAGCCGCGACCCGGUAGCCAUGGCGCUCCAACAGCAGCGCGCGCGCGAGUUCCUACUGGGCCCCGGCGCCGCCGGCGCGGGCGCGGGCGCGGGCGCGGGCGGGGGUGUGGCCGCGGGCGCGGGCGCGGGCGCGGGCGCGGGUGUGGCCGCCGGCGCGGGGCGCCCGCGCGGCCGCCCGCCGCUGCAGCCGAGGGCGCCCACGCAGGGCGACGUCGUCAACCUGGCCGACUCGGAUUAGACACGAGAGGGUCCCCAAAGUGUAUAGUGAACAGAUGUGUACAGUGAACGAUAUAUAGGUGCUAUGGUGUAUGGAUCGACGCUGGCGCCCAUGCCACGAGCCAAAUCUGGAGUCCUACCGCACGUGUAGUGUACAUACCCCUACCCGGCCCAGAGUACCCGACCCGUGGGCCCUAGGGACACAACCGACAUUCCGCCUUCAGGCUUUACGCUCCACUACAUAUCAAGAAUCUCAUUUUCUACCCUCAAUCUUAUUUUAACGCAUAAAAAAAUGAAUAAGAUGCAAUAUAUUGUUGGAAUGAUCUUUACACCUAAACUAGGUAGCAGCCUAUUUCGAGCAAAUGUAAAAUUAAGUUUAGGUGCUUAAAUCAUUCCUGUAAUAUAUUCCAAAACUUGUGUUAUUUAUCUAUAUUAAUUAAUACUUCGUUUCUCCCAUGGGCUACGGUAGUAUCGUUUCCACAUUAUUUUUUCACUCCGCUAGAGCCUAAGGCGUCGACUGUUGGCAGACUGGUUAUGUAAGUCGUGCUCAAAAUUAUUGACGAUUUUUCUGGG